AUGGACGGUGCUGAUCUUUGUUUUGAGAUAGUUAAGAGAGCUUUAGAUGGUUUUGUAUAUAGUGAAGCUGUAGCCAGCCAUUAUAUUCGCCAAAUUUUAGAGGCCUUACAUUACUGCCAUGCUAAUAAUAUUAUUCAUCGAGAUCUUAAACCACACUGUGUAUUACUGGCUUCCAAAGAAAACUCGGCUCCUGUUAAACUGGGAGGUUUUGGUGUGGCGGUUCAACUUCCUGAAAAUGGUAAACUAUCAGGAGACAAAGUACCAUCAUCAGUAUUCUAUGAAUUAGAACCCAUGUAUUAUGUUAGAGAAGAUUGUAUUGGUCGAGUUGGUACACCACAAUAUAUGGCUCCGGAGGUAAUAAAACGAGAAGAAUAUGGUAAACCUGUAGAUAUGUGGGGUUUAGGUGUUUUAUCUUUUAUACUGCUGUCUGGUUAUCCUCCAUUUUGUGGUACCAAAGAAAGAUUGUAUGAUUUAAUUGUUAAAGGCAGCUAUUUUUUUCGACCAAAACAAUGGGAAACACUAUCAAAUGAAUCUAAAGAUUUUGUUUCCAAAUUAUUAGAAUUAGAUCCUAGUAAAAGAUUAACUGUAGAAGAAGCAUUAAAUCAUCCCUGGAUAAAAGAUAGGCGAUCUAUACCAAAGAUACACUUACAUGAAACUGUUGAGGAAUUAAAGAAAUUCAAUGCCAGACGAAAAUUAAAAGGUGCUAUAAUGGCUGCUGUUUCUAGUUCGAAAUGGACGUCAUUUUAUAAUGACCCUCCUCCACCAGAUAUUGAUGGUGAAGAUGUUACAUCUGCUGGAGCUGUUUCUCAGGUACUUGAUUCUCUUGAAGAAGUUCAAUGUUUAGCUGAUAGUACAGAACAAGAGAAAGAAUUUGUAGAAAGUGUACUUCAAGAUACCAAACUUCAUUCAUUACUAAAUGCUGAACUUCUUGAGCGUUUAUUCUCAAAUAUAAAACUCCAUACUUUACUAAACCAUGGAUUGCUAUAUUCUGUUCACACUAGAUUUGUUCAGAAGACUUUGAAUAAUCAUGAAAUAGUCCUGUAA